AUGAACGCCAUGAACUUUAUCACCAAGGCGCACAGUCACGGCAAGGCUAUCCGUGCGCUGGGAAGUAACGGCGCAGCUGUUCUUGGUGUGCUAGGUUUGGAUUUCACUCCGGCGCGCGAUGGUGCACAGGUCACGGCGAGUGCGCUUGCUGCGUUGAGCGGGCCCAGUGAGGUUUCGAUGGGAGAUAUCCGGGGGAAGACAUUACAGGAAGUCUGGCCAACGUUAUCAGAGGAAGGGAAAAAAAGUUUCGCCCGACGAAUGAAUGCGAUAUUGGAGCAGUUACGAUCACUACAAGGACGGUAUAUCGGUUCUGUUGAAGAAGGGCCGGCGGUGGAUAUGCGGAGGAGCACUGAACGAGGCGGUCCAUUCUCCAGCGAAACUGACUUUAAUACCUUUCUCCGACAAAAUGCUAUUUCGAAGAUUCCUAAAAUAUACCAUCGUAUGCUGGCCAGCCUUAUGUCAGAUACGCACAGGAUUUUGUUUACUCACGGGGAUCUUAGCCCCCGCAAUAUUCUCGUCCGAGAAGGUCGUAUUGUGGGUUUACUGGACUGGGAAUGCGCCGGAUGGUAUCCAGAAUAUUGGGAAUUUGUCCGAUUCUUUAGAAAUAUUUAUACUCGGAUCGACUGGCAUGAGUACGCGGAUAUCAUAUUCACCGACUCAUAUCCUAGUGAAGUCAUGACGGAUCAUUUUCUUGGACGCCUAACUAGACAUUAA